AUUAUUAUUAUUAUUAUUCGAAAAAUGCUUCACCAUAGGCCAUGUCAGCCGCAACCGGUUCUGCACCUGAAGUCGAAGACAUUAAGAAAGUUGCUGAACAAAUGUCACAAACUUUUAUGUCUGUUGCCAAUCACUUAGUGGGAAUUGCUCCCAACUCUGCCGAUGCCCAAAAAUCCAUUGAAAAAUUUAGAACUAUAAUGACUAAAGGGUUCACAGACAUUGAAACCGAAGCUAAUAAAAUGAAGGAUAUCGUUCGCAAAAACGCUGACCCGAAAUUGGUUGAAAAAUACGAUGAAUUAGAAAAGGAGUUGAAAAAACAUCUUAGUACUGCCAAAGACAUGUUCGAAGAUAAAGUCGUCAAACCCAUCAGCGAAAAGGUAGAAUUAAAGAAAAUCACCGAAAAAGUUAUCAAAACUACCAAGGAUAUGGAAGCUACCGUGAACCAGUCCAUCGACGGAUUUAAGAAACAAUGAUUGUUUUAAAAUGACGUGUGACUAAUCCAAACAACAAUUUUUAUAGUCUUUUUAAUUAAAUUAUUUUCUUUAUAAAAUUUAUUUUUAUUCCUGUUUUUUGUUUUUUUGAUAAAAUAUAUACCUGAGUUAAUAUUUUUCAAAUGAUUUGUUAUUAAUUAUUUUAGAAUUGUAACUAAAUCUGAUAUGGUCGAUUAUAUGAUUUUAUUAUUGUGUUUUAAACUACCUACAGUAUGAACAAUGCUAGUUAGGUUAAAUUAAGGCAUAAUUAUUUUAAAAAAAUUUCCAAAUAUGAUAAAAAUUGUAACAAUAUAUCAGGAGCCUUGUAUUAAUUUUUUGCUCUAAACGCCUAGGCUCAAUACUCUGAAAUUUAACAACCAUAUAAAUAUAAUACUUAAUUAAUACUC